GCGGCGCGCGAAAAGGCGAGGCGGGCGGGGAAGGAGGCAUGGGGGGAGGGGUGGCUCCUGCUGCUGUUGCCGCCACAGCGCUCGUCGCCGCCUCCCCUCCCCCUCCUCUCUGCCUCUCUCCCCGGCGGGGGCUCCUCGCCACAGCCUCUCUGCUCCGCUCUCGGUCAUGUGACCCUAACGUAACCGGACAGGAAAAGCCGCCGCCGCCGUCUCCGACUCCGUUGUUGCUGCUGCUGCUGGGCGCGCGCCGAGGCGGCGGCGGGGGCUCCCGGAGAGCGCGAGCCAGAAUUUAAAAGAUGGAUUUAGCCAACCAUGGACUGAUUCUUCUGCAGCAGCUCAAUGCUCAACGGGAGUUUGGUUUCCUGUGUGACUGUACAGUUGCUAUUGGUGAUGUUUACUUCAAGGCACACAAAUCUGUCCUUGCCUCUUUUUCCAACUAUUUCAAGAUGUUGUUUGUUCAUCAAAGCAGUGAAUGUGUCCGUUUGAAGGCAACUGACAUACAGCCAGAUAUUUUCAGCUAUCUCUUACAUUUGAUGUACACUGGGAAAAUGGCACCUCAGCUCAUAGAUCCUGUUCGAUUGGAGCAAGGAAUAAAGUUUCUGCAUGCGUUCCCGCUUAUUCAAGAGGCUAGUCUUGCCAGUCAAGGAAACUUUACACACCCGGAACAGAUUUUUCCAUUAGCAUCUUCGUUAUAUGGUAUUCAGAUUGCGGAUCACCAGGCAAGAAAUUCCACAAAAGCAGCCACAACUGACAAACCUGUUCGAGGACCAAGGCCACAGUCAUCAAGAGCAACUCAAGAACAGAUGCAUGAAGCCACCCAACUGUCACAGAUCCCACCACCACCGCUGCCUCAAGUGCCCCCAACAAAUAUGUCCACUUCAGACCCAUUACAGCCUCCUUUGUCUCCUGAACUGGUUUCUACUGCUCCUCAUCCUUCUCCUCCAGGUGAUGAAAACAACAUGGAAGCCUCCUCCUCAGAUGAUCAGCCUGCUUCUCUCACAAUUGCGCACGUCAAGCCAAGCAUUAUGAAAAAGAACGGAAGCUUCCCCAAAUACUACGCUUGUCACCUCUGCGGUCGGCGAUUCAAUUUGCGAAGUAGUUUGCGUGAGCACCUCCAGAUUCACACUGGGGUGCCUUUCUCAUCAAGCCAGCAUGGGGAAAGUAGUGUUCCUUUAUCUCUUUGUAAUAACGCUCUUGAAAAAGAGGCUAUGGAAGUUGCUGAAGCUGGAAUGAUUAGCGAUAGUGAGCUGCAGCAGAUCUCGGAUUCACCUAUCAUCGAUGGACAACCGCAGGCUGAAACACCGCCACCCUCUGACAUUGCUGACAUAGACAACUUGGAGCAAGCAGAUCAAGAAAGGGAAGUGAAAAGGCGGAAGUACGAGUGUUCCAUUUGUGGGCGCAAAUUUAUUCAGAAAAGUCACUGGAGAGAGCACAUGUACAUUCAUACUGGCAAGCCUUUCAAGUGCAGCACCUGUGACAAAAGCUUCUGCCGGGCCAAUCAAGCUGCUCGACAUGUAUGUCUAAACCAAAGCAUGGACACCUACACCAUGGUGGACAAGCAGACUCUGGAGCUUUGUACUUUUGAGGAAGGCAACCAAAUGGACAACAUGUUGGUACAGACCAACAAACCCUACAAAUGCAACUUGUGUGAUAAAACGUUCUCCACACCUAAUGAAGUCGUCAAACAUUCGUGCCAAAGUCAGAACUCUGUCUUUACUCUAGACGAGGAUAGAUCCAUUUUGCUAGGUGGUGGGGAUGCUGAAACCACAGAGAGUGAUCAUUCGGUCUUAGACUCUAUCAAAAAAGAACAGGAAGCAGUGUUGUUAGACUGACUGUGAGGCUCAUAUCAUUUUUUU